UAUUCCGAUUAUGAAUUGGGUAUAUAAGCAAGGAUGUUAACCUCCAGUUCCACUACAAGUUUGAUAGGUAUUGACUGUCAAUAAUGAAAGCCUUCAUAGCCUUAGCCAUAAUAGUGUCGGUGAGCGCCGUUCCCCUCCAGGAACUGGACAGCGAAUGGAUUGCAUUCAAGAAUCAAUUCCGUAGUAAUGCCUACUUAGGAGUGGCCGAGGAGGUUAUGCGGCGACAGGUCUUUGAGACCAACUAUAGGUAUAUCAAAGCCCAUAACGCUGAGGCUGACAACGGUGUCCACACUUUCCGAUUGGGUGUCAACCAGUUUGCAGACAUGACUAACGAGGAGUACCGACAGUUCCUGAAUCUGAAGGUACCUCUGAAUCACGUGAACGUCACUUUUGCUGAGGAGAAGGUCGACCCAUCCCUGGCCGACACUGUCGACUGGAGAACCAAAGGUGUGGUCACACACGUCAAGAAUCAGGGACAA